GGUGAAUAUGAAAAGCUUAGCCAAAAAAUUGAAGAUGCUUCCAGAAGGUCCCAGCCUUGUGAACUCACGGGCGACUUUGCUGAUUUCUCAAAUAUACAACGCAACAACCACCCCACUAUAAUCAAGGUUAUAUGGGAGAACAAGGAAGGAGUAUCGAAUGGAGUGCCCCAUGUUAUCUACAUAUCCAGAGAGAAGCGUCCAAAGCAACCACACCAUUUCAAGGCUGGCGCUAUGAAUACUCUGACAAGAGUAUCAGGAAUGAUAACAAAUGCACCAUUCAUGCUGAACUUGGACUGUGAUAUGUACGUUAAUAAUCCUCAAAUAGUGGUUCAUGCAAUGAGUUUACUGUUGGGAGUUACCAAUGAAAGGGACUAUGCAUUUGUUCAAUCUCCUCAAAUCUUCUAUGAUGGAUUAAAGGACGAUCCUUUUGGCAAUCAAUUGGUGGUUUUGUACGAAUAUUUGGGACAUGGAUUAGUAGGGAUUCAAGGACCCUUCUAUGGAGGAACUGGAUGUUUUCAUAGGCGUAAAGUAAUCUAUGGUUUAUCUCCUGAUGACAAUGAAGUUACUAGAAAAUUAAGCAAUGAGGCUUUGCUCAAGACUUUUGGAAGAUCAAUGGAAUUCACCAAAUCAGCUGCUAAGAUAUUGUCGGGCAUGAAGACAAGUAGUAUUGGUCCUAACAAUAUUUCAAGUUGCACGGAGACAGCCUACCAAGUUGCUGGUUGUGACUACGAGUAUGGUAGCAGCUGGGGUAGAGAGGUUGGCUGGAUGUAUGGAUCUACAACAGAAGAUGUCCUUACUGGACUUACCAUUCAUGGGAGGGGCUGGAAAUCUACCUUUUGUUCACCUAACCCACCUGCAUUUCUUGGGUGUGCACCCCCAGGUGGACCUGCAACUAUGAUCCAACAGAAGAGAUGGGCUACUGGGCUCCUUGAAAUCUUGUUCACCCCAAAAAACCCUUUUAUUCUUACCCUCAAUGGGAAGCUCCAGUUCCGCCAAUGCUUGGCUUACACGUGGAUUAUACUAUGGGGCCUCCGAUCCAUUCCUGAGCUUUGUUACGCUGCUCUGUCGGCCUACUGUCUCAUCACUGACUCACAUUUCAUGCCCAAGGUUGGAGAACCAGUCAUAUUUAUACCCAUUGCCCUUUUUGCCAUCUACAACCUCUACACUCUCUCUGAGUACCUCCGCAUUGGCCUUUCAACCCGCGCAUGGUGGAAUAACCAGAGAAUUUGGAGGUUAAACACCAUGAUCGCGUGGUCAUUUGGAGUCUUAAGUGUUCUGUUGAAACUCUUAGGAUUAUCAGACACUGUGUUUGAAGUAACACAAAAAGAUCAAUCAACUAAUGUCGAUGACAACAAUGCCAAUGCCGGAAGGUUCACAUUCGAUGACUCCCCAAGUUUCGUCCUCGGUACCACCAUUCUGCUGGUGAACUUGACUGCGUUGGCUAUUGGAUUAUUAAGGUUCCGACUGGUGGGUGGCGAUGGAAAUGGGUCCGGGAUAGGGGAGCUCAUAUGUAGUAUGUGGGUGGUGCUAUGCUUUUGGGCAUUUUUGAUGGGGCUAUUUGGUAAAGGGAAGUAUGGCAUUCCCUUAUCCACCAUAUACAAGUCAGGGGCUUUGGCAUUAUUGUUUGUGCAAUUGUGUAAAUGGGUCUAAGUUCAUACCCUUAUAUUUUGUUUUGUGCACUUUUUCUGUGCAUUUAGCUUUUUCCAAUGAAAGCUCAAUGGGUUCAAUUUGAUACUUUGGACCUGAAACUGGAGAAAUAUGAACUGAAAUUUUGAAAUAAUAGAAGUGAACCUUUGAAGUACAA